AUGGGUGAACGUAAAGGACAAAACAAAUAUUAUCCGCCAGACUAUGAUCCGCGAGCUGGAGGUUUGAAUAAAUUUCUUGGCACACAUGCAUUGCGAGAGCGUGCCCGGAAGAUCCAUCUUGGGAUCAUCAUCAUUCGUUUCGAGAUGCCCUACAACAUCUGGUGCGAAGGAUGCAAAAACCACAUUGGAAUGGGUGUUCGAUACAAUGCGGAGAAAACCAAGGUUGGCAUGUACUAUUCGACACCAGUUUAUCAGUUCAAAAUGAAAUGCCAUUUGUGUGACAAUUACAUCGUGAUCAAAACGGAUCCGGGGAAUUUGGACUAUGAAAUUGUGUCGGGAGCGAGACGACAAGAGAAUCGCUGGGAUCCAACUGAAAAUGGCCAAGUUGUACCAGACACCAAAGAGACACAACGGCGACUGUUCGACGAUCCCAUGUAUAAAUUGGAGCAUGUGGCAUCAGAUUCAAAGAAAUGCGAUGAUGCCAAACCCGCUCUAUACAAACUCUACGAAAGAAAUCAUUACACUUGGGACGAUGACUACAUGGCCAAUUCAAAGCUUCGUGCGGAAUUUCGGAAUAAGAAAAAGGAGUUAAAACUGGAAGCGGAUAAAGAUAAAGCAUUGUUGUCAAGGUCUAGUCUCGAUAUUGAACUAUUGCCCGAAAAUGAUCAAGACACUCGGCUGGCGGCGAUGAUGCGAUUGCAGUCGGAAAGGGUGAUCAAUGAGAAAGAUCGGAAAGAAGAAAUGAUCAAUCGACCAGCGUUGCCCGCAAUCAAAGCUAUUAGCAAUUUAAGGAGUCAGCGAUUGUUGAACACAAAACUCACUAAAAACGAUUUGGGCAUCAAACGUAAAUCGGAUGAAAGCAACGAAGAUUCGACCAAAAGAAGUAAACCAGCGGAAACGGUUACAAAGCAAAGUCUGGAGGAAAAAUCUGAAGAAGAUCCAUCAAUUUCAAUAGAUUCAAUGGAAGAGAAAAUGGUUGAUGUUGCAGACAAAAAUCAAACGAGUGAAAAUUCAUUAAAAUCACCAAAGGUUCCACUCUCACUCUCUUUAGUUCGUAAUUACUGUAGCGAUUCAAGUUCUGACGAUAAUGAUAAUGCAAAUUAGUAAAUAAAGUAAAUUCGACUAUUCAAAUAUGUUGAAGACACUUUUUUUUGUUCCUUUUUUCCAUCAAUAUUUUUUUCAACAUCGAUGUUAUGGAGAGUUUCUAGUAAUGAUGGGCAUUUGAACGGAAAAAUGUAAACAAAGCUGAAAUAAAGUUGCUGAGUUGAGCUACAAGGAAACUACCUAACAAAA